AUGCUAUACCAUAAUACUCGUAUCGCUAUAUUGGCUCACCCGAGAUCAUUGUCAACAGCUUUGGAAUUCAGCUUCAAUAAUAGACAAGACACAACCAUUAUCCAUGCACCUUACAGAUCUGUGGAGGUGAGGUUUAACCGAAGGACUACAUCUUUUGCCGAAAUUCGCGGUUACAGAUCUAGAUUUAUGGAGAUCAAACUAAUGCUCGAGGAUGCAAAUCUAGGUAAAGAUAUAGUCGUAUGGAAAGAAACAAGCUGUCUCUACAAAGAGCUAUACCCAAUGGGUUAUACGCCUAUUUUUCUUGUCCGUGAUCCUCGAUACAGCAUUCCCAGCUAUAGAAAAAUGGUACUCGAUGUGUCUGGUGGAGUGUCUGAUGAAGUGCCUUACUGUGGCGGUCUGAAAGAACUUCACAACAUAUUUAAUUAUUUAACCAAAACAAAUUGCCAUGAUCCUGUUGUUAUUGAUGCCCACGAUCUCUCACGGUAUCCUGAGAAGAUUCUGCCAACUGUCUGUGAGAAGGUUGGCAUUGAGUUCAAUGUCUCGAUGCUGCACUGGAAACAAAACAACACUGAUCACUGGGACCCUGUUUGGAAUGGUGCUUUAAAAAUAGCUUACUCAAAUGUCAAGCAAAGUCAGGGUUUCAUUCCCAGAGAGGAACACAAUGUCGAUUUGUCAGUGUUACCAGAUUCAUUACGAGCGAGCAUAGAAGCAGCUAUCCCUAUUUAUGAUUCCUUAUAUGAAAUGUGUAUUAAACCUAAUGAAUAA